UCGUAGACCGAAUACUUCUUUUGUUCAAUACUUUGAAUAUAAAGUAAAUAGAAUGUGAUUUAAAUAUUUACAUAAUUAGAAACUACACAUUUCUGUAAGAUAUGUAUAUUUUUAUUUACUUAUGACGAGAAUUCUAAUCACAGUUCUUGGAAACAGUACUGGAUAUUUGACAAUUUUGAGGUCAUUCCGGUGUGUAAUCAAGAUUAUUUCUAAAUUAUGAGUGAAGAAGAACAAUUAAAAACAACAAAAUCCUAUUGGAGUUGUAAUAUAAAUGCAGAAAGUUUUUCCCUAGAAUCUCCCGGCGAUUUAAUAAAUAAUGUUUUGACAAUUGAAGAAUCAAAAGCUGAGGAAUACACUGAAAUUGAUUCUCUAGAGGGUAUUGAUUUAAAAAAGGAGAGUCAAGGAAUUUCUUUAGUUUCAAUAGAGGGGCAAAUUUAUGCCUUUAAAAAUGAUGAAUUCCAAAGUGUAGAGGAAUCGGAAUUUUUAAAUUAUAAUAAUCAAAGUGAUAAUGUUCUUCCAAUAUCGCAAGAAAAUGAUGCAAACGAAACGACAUUUGAAGCAUUUUCCGAAGACGUGGACAAUGACAAAUGUUAUGAAAAUUUUACCAAUCAUCAAACAAAAGACAAUGAGGAAAAUCAAAUAAAUGAACAUGACCUUGUUGAAGUAGUGACAACAUUUAAAUGUAAAAUUUGUCCUUUUUCGUCACAGGAUAAAUCGGAAUUGCUCUCUCAUUUACAGGAUACUCACGUUAAUCCCAACAAGGAGUUAAAGGAGACAACAAUUGUCGAUGAAACGGAUAAAGUAAAAUUGGUUUACAUGUGUGGCGAAUGUUCCGUUUGUUUCUCAACCAUCGAGGAGUGCAAGAAGCACAUGAUAGACGAUCACGAAUUGAUCGAUCGAAGUGGCAAACGACAGAGUACAGAAAGUAGUUCUAGUUUAGAGUCUACGGAAUUAUUGACCGAUGACAAUAAUAUUAGUGCUGAAUCAUGUUCUGAAAAUAAAUUAAUUAAAUCUCCGGAAGCGAAAAACGAUCAGCAGAAUGAUGUUGAUGUAAAGGAGAAAAAAGUAAAGUGUACGUAUAGAGGUUGUCCGUAUAAAUUUAGUGACAGUGAAAAAAUGCAACAGCAUGUAGUUUGUCACGAUGACAUCCAAAAUGUAAAUCGUUUCAAAUGCAAUUUUUGUCGACAAAUAAAAUUCUCCAAAUGGAAACAAUGCAGUUUACACUUAUGGAAAUCACAUCAAAAAGAUAUCGAUCUUCUGUCCUGUAAAAUUUGCAAUGUUUAUAAAAGUACGGCAAUGGUGAAAAUGAUAACGCACAUGAAAGUCCAUAAUGUAAAUAAAGAUUACGAAUGUCCCGACUGUGGUAAAUGUUUCAAGCAAUCGAGCCAAUUGAGAAAUCAUAGAGUCAUUCAUUUGGAUCGUAAAUCAGCGGAGAUUCCACGUUGGUACACAUCGAAAAUAUGCGAAUUGUGCGGAAAGACGUACGCAGAUUCAAAAUGUUUGAAGAAUCAUAUACAAGCCGUUCAUUCAAAAUUACGUCCUUACGUUUGCACUGUCUGUGGACAUUCGAGUGCGAGAAAAUCUAUGCUGCAAAUGCACUUACGGCAGCACACUGGUGACAAACCGUUUAAUUGCGAAUUAUGUGAUUAUAAAACAGGGGAUCAUAAUUCUCUUCGUCGACAUGCCAUGAGGCACACAGGAGUUAAACCUUAUAAGUGCCCGCACUGUCCAUAUUCGGCGAUACAGAGUAAUAGUUACAAAAAUCAUUUGCGAUCGAAGCAUCCAUUACUCUCGGGAGUAUUCACUUGUGAAUUGUGUUCAUUUGAAACAGUCAAGAAAGAAAGUUAUGUACAACACAUCAAGGACCAUGAGAAAGGUUUCAUUAAAGUUUCCAACCAAAAUAAGGUUGCAGACGGCGAGAACGUUGAAGUUUUCCCUGGCAAUAUUGCGGCAGCUCAAUUAAUAUACAGUUGUUUGGGUGCUUUUUCAAAAGUUGGCAGAACAAUAGAAGCAAAUUUAAUGUCAUCGUCAACAUCUGCCGAUGGUACUUCACAAACAAUAACGAUACAAAUACCAUCGAAGCAUCUUGAAGGGACAUUGCCAUCGAAAGAGACAUCUUUAAAAACCGUGCCACCGAUAGAACAAGAGGACGAGGAAACAAUGCAUUGUUUUUUGAAAAUACCAAGGGAAGAGGAGGAGAAUAUUGACACUGGUGGUAUAACAAUACCAGCCGAACCAGAAGACACACAAAUGGACAUUGAAAAGUGAUUGUGAUAUAAAAAAAACGAAAGAUAAGUGUUUUUAUUAUUUAAAAAAAAGCGUUUAGAUUUAAAUAAAUUUUAAUAGAAUUUGCUUGUUAAAACAGUUAUUUAGUAAAAUAGGUAGUUAUUAAACUAUAGUUUGUUAAAAAAAAUCAA